AUGUGCCUUGAAAUCGUUCAACAGUCGCUUGCCGCCAAACAAGCACUUAUUAAAAUUCCAAACUUAGCAGCCGUGGUUGUCGCAUACAGGAAUUUUAACUUUUUAUUAAUUAUGUCGUAUUGUAGAAAAUACAAUGAUUAUAACGCCGCCCCGCUGUUCGCCUCGGAAAACGCCUCCAGUGAAGUGUGGAGCGCGAGCGGCGGGGCCGGCGUGGCAUCAGCAUGCGGUAGCAGCGGGAUGGACCUGAAGCACGAGGUGGCGUACCGCGGCGUGCUGCCCGGCCAGGUGAAGGCGGAGCCCGGGGUCAGCCACAACGGGCACCCGGCCAACGGGCACGUGCGCGAGUGGAUGGCGGGCGGCGCUGCCGGCGGCGGCUCGCCCUCGCCCGGCGCCGCAGUACAGCCGCAGCCAAACAACGGGUACUCCUCGCCACUCUCCUCCAGCAGCUACGGACCCUACAGCCCUAAUGGAAAAAUAGCAGGAAGUCGUCGUGAUGAAAACAAGGUUGCUUUUUCUAUUUUCGUCUAA